ACACUACAAGCAAAUCUUGCCCUAGAUACCGUAUGUUGUAUUUCGAAACUUAUAUAUAUUUUUUAUGCUUGGACGGUUGCAGAAAAUGUUGCUGAUUUUGCGAUGCCUAUCAGCAAUAUGAUGAAGAUAAUUACAACAUUUCUGUAACAAAUCGGUAACUUCUACUUUACUAACGUAACAACGAAGGCUACCACUUACCACUAGGAAAAAACAAAAAAUACGUUUUCGAGAAGAUAUCUAAAAAGUUAAUCACGUUUGGUAUUACAUUCUUUAUUAAAUAAAUAAUUCUCAUUAUUAAGUUUAUAUGUUUUUGAUGAAGUUACAUCUGUUAUUUUUAUAUAAACAAAAUUGUGAAUUCGUUUAAAAAAUGCGAUUUGUAUUAUUAUUGCUGUUAAUAGCAGUUUUCAUAAAUAUUAGUUUAGCACUACGUAAUUUUAUAAGAGGCAGAAGUAAAGAUGGAAAUUUGGGUAUAUUGCUUUCACAUAAAGAACAGAAAUGGCUUCCUAAGGAGCAAUGGUUUAUCCAAAUGCUCGAUCACUUUAACCCAAUAGAUGCACGUGUUUGGAAGCAGAGAUAUUUUCAGAAUACAGAAUAUUAUAAACCUGGUGGUCCUAUGUUCCUUUUAAUCGGUGGUGAAGGAGCAGCCACUGCCAAGUGGAUGGUGGAAGGACAAUGGAUUGAAUAUGCUAAACAAUUUGGAGCAAUGUGCUUUCAACUUGAACAUCGCUUUUAUGGAAAAAGUCAUCCAACUGCAGAUAUGAGUGUGAAGAACUUAAUUUAUUUAAAUUCAGAACAAGCACUUGCAGAUAUAGCAUACUUUAUAGAAAGUAUAAAUGAAAUUUAUAAAGUAUUACAUAAUAUAAAAUGGAUUGUUUUUGGAGGUUCUUAUCCUGGAUCAUUAGCUGCAUGGAUGCGUGUAAAAUAUCCUCAUCUUGUACAUGGAGCUGUAUCUAGUAGUGGUCCAGUCCUUGCACAAGUUGAUUUUCAACAAUAUUAUAUUAUUGUUGAAAAUUCUCUUAAAGAAUAUUCUGAAGCAUGUGUAGAUGUGUUAGCAGCUGCGAACAAACAAUUUCAUAUGAUGUUACAUCAUCCAAUAGGUCAACAAGGCAUUGUUAAAAAAUUUAACCUGUGUGAUCCAAUAGAUAUUGGAUACACAAAACGCGUUGAUAUUUCGAAUUUAUAUGAAACGAUAAUAAGUAAUUUUGCGGGUAUUGUUCAGUACAAUAAAGAUAAUCGUAACAAUUCAAGAAUGGCUAAUUUGUCCAUCGAUGAUGCAUGUAACAUUCUAAUGAAUGAAAAAAUAGGUAUAUCCAUCGAUAGACUCGCUCAUAUAAGUAAUAUAAUACUAAAUGCGACCAAAGAAAAAUGUUUGGACUUUAGGUACGAUAAGAUGAUUCAUGAGUUAAGGAAUGUAACAUGGGAUUCUGAAGGAGCAGAAGGAGGUCGGCAAUGGAUAUAUCAAACCUGCACAGAAUUUGGAUUUUUUCAAACAUCGACUGCUCGUCCUAAUUUAUUUAGUGAAAUGUUUCCAGUAGAAUUCUUUAUUCAGCAAUGCAUUGAUAUUUUCGGACCUAGGUAUAACAUAGACUUACUUAAUAAUGCUGUGAAGCGAACCAAUACUCUAUACGGAGCACUUAAAUUAGAAGUAAAUAAUGUAGUGUUCGUACAUGGAUCUGUUGAUCCAUGGCAUGCACUAGGUAUUACAACAUCGUUAACUCCUGAGGCUACCGCUAUUUAUAUCAAUGGUACUGCACAUUGCGCUAACAUGUAUCCACCUUCUGAACAUGAUCCACCUCAGUUGAAAGCAGCUAAAGCACAAGUUGGACAAAUAAUCUAUCAAUGGUUAAAAAGCUAAGUUUACUUUCUGUAAAUUUUUGUGUGAUAUUAGGAAAUAAGUUUGAACAAAAUAUUUUGAAAUAAAAUAAUGUAAUCUUUUAUUGGUUUCCGUUUGUUACUAGAUACGAUGUCUUUUGUUUUUAUUGGAAUAUUAAUCGAAAAUACUAUGUACUAGAAAAUACAUGUUAAAAAAUAUUUUUUUCUAUAUAUUUACAUAUAUUGUUAAGUAAUAAAAUACCAAUGGAAUAGAAUCUCAAA